UUCACUAGAACGGAAUUCUCAAGUCAGGCGAAAAAGACAAAAAAGUAUGUACUUAAAGCAGGAGAUACCCGUCUUUGGAUGAUUCCAAACUUGACUUUAGCCCUGUUCUAGCCACGUAACAACGUGCUUGAAAAAGUAUUCAUCGCUAAAGGUGCAAAAUGAGCGACGAAGACGGUAAUAAAAUAUUAGAUGAUUUGGGUCUCAUCCAGGUCAAGGUGGGUUCCUGGAUUUGGAUACUGAGAGAGGAGCCGGAUUUUUAUGUGGGACAGCAAGACCCUUUUCAUACGUUGUGUCUCUUAUACGACGAAAAAUCCCAGCAUUACAUAUUUCGAGUCCUAGGACGGUCUUUUCAAAGUGGUUCUUGUGCGUCAAAGCAGGAAUUGUGGAGCAAAUGUCGGACCAUGUUCCAUGAAAAAGCGGCUUGCUUGGGAUUUCAAGCUAUGAAACCGCACUCGUUUCCGCUCUCGUGCUCCUUUUCUCCUCAAUGCCUGGUCGUGACAUCAACUGUGGGGAAAAAGUUGGAUCCCAAGUCCGUCAAGUGUACCCAAUGUAGUGAAUUUGUAGCGUCAUCCGGGGAUAUUGCGGAUCUCCUACAUGGCAUGAUUGAUGAGAUCAAAGUGGAAGAUGCCAACCAAGUGGAAACCAAACGUGAAGGUCUGAGUGACGAGAAGGAUGACAAGGAGGUUAUCCGUGAAGUCACGGAGAUUUUCUCUCCAGGGAAUGCAGCGUUAAAGCCCAAAAUAGAACUAGAAGACGAUGAACCUUCUCUGGAGGGGUUUUGGAAUGAGAAGAAAAAACGAGGCAGACCCAAAAAGCAAUCUGUUGAUGAAGACUUUGACAAUGACGAUAAGCCCUUGGUUCGAAAAAAAAACCGUCAGGAGUGUUUGAUAUGUCACAAACUCAUAACUGAGAAUAAGCUGGAGCGUCAUUUAAAGUUCAUUCAUUACAAGUCCGAGUUUAAGUGUGACGUAUGCCCUCAAUCGUUUGAUUUUGCCCAAGACUUAGUGUCCCAUUCUCAGAAAAUUCAUCCGACCACCCCAAAUCUACAUUGUCCACAAUGCAAAGAGCCUUUUGAAAUCCUCAAGUUGGUAAAACAUGCCAAAUCAUGCAUUGACCAAGCUAAAAAAGAUACCCCCCUUAACUUCCAAUGUGACAUAUGCGGCAAAAGCUUCAACAACUCCCAUGUGUUCAAAUCCCACAAAUGGUCUCACAUGCCGCCCAGUUUUGCCUGCCAACUUUGCAGUUACAAGGCCACAACCAGUGGCAAUCUCAAAAUCCACCAAAGAGUCCACGAAACGGGUCAUGAAGUGGUGUGUCCAAUAUGCGGGAAAAUGCUGAAGCACAAGGCCUCAUUGAGUGCCCAUGUGAAGCUGACCCAUGACACAGGCAUUCCAAAACUGCCUUGCGAAAGGUGCGGUCAAACGUUCAAAUGUCGUACCAGUCUGAUGAAGCACAUCUUGCGCGCCCACGAAGAUUCUGAGGAGUGGACGUGCAAGAAGUGCCACAAGAAAACUGGCGGCAAACACGAAUUCAGGGCACAUAUGAGGAUCCAUGAUGAGCCGACCAUAGUUUGUCCCACUUGUGGGAUCAAAGUGAAGACCCAACGCAAUUUGAAGGCUCAUAUGCGGACCCAUACGGGGGAAGCUCCUUACAAGUGUCACUUAUGCGAGCGGACUUUCAAGACCUCGUCCCCGUAUUAUUAUCACAUGAUGCAUGUGCACAAUGUUAAAGGCAAAACUCAUUUGUAUUCCACACCACUCAUGGAAGAAGACUCACUUGAGGCGCGUCCCAUCUCUUGAAAGGGCUUUAUGAACACCCGGCUUAAUGAAGCAAAAGGAAUAUCCGUCAAAAUGGCUCAAAUACAUGUGGAUGACAUCGAUUAUAAAAGUUUUUCAGUUUUGUCACUCGUCAAUGACGGAAAUGGAUUACAAACUCAACUAAACAUUCCAUAGUCAGUUCGAAAAAUGGAACAACGUUUGUUAACUCUU